GAUUUUACUAAUAGAUAAACAUUCACUUAAACGGGUUGCAAAAAUGGCAACAAUCAAAGUAGCAGACGACGAAGGAGGAACUAUUACAUUUAUAGAUGUUGAUGGGAAAAGAUUCCCAAACUUUAAUAUCAGUGCUGCGCGGGGCAUCCCGGAUUUUAAACUCAGGAAUGAUGAUGUUUUUCUUAUUGCAUAUCCUAAAUCGGGCAGUCAUUGGAUAUGGGAAGUAUGUCGAAUGCUGUUUGCUGGCUCCACAGAUUUAGAUGUUAUUGCUAAAGAAUCGUAUAUGCUUGAACUGACCUCACAUGAUCUGAUAGACCAACAAAUGUCACCAAGAAUUCUCAAUACUCACCUACGACUCAACGAAAUGCCCAAAGAUUUCCAAACUCUAAAGAACAAGAUUAUCUACCUCCGAAGAAAUUUGAAAGAUGUUGCCGUGUCGUUCUUUAACCACACGAAGAAAUUUAAGAAUAAUUACCAGUAUAACGGUACUUGGAACAGUUACUUAAAGAUGAUUAUUGAGGGAAAGGUUGAUUAUGGAUCAUGGUUUGAUUAUGUGAAACACUGGGAAGAAGUUAAAGAAACUCACCCGGAACUACAAAUAUUAGAUCUGACGUUUGAAGACAUAAAAGAGAACCCCAACAAGGAAGUAAAGAAAAUUGCAGAAUUUUUAGAAGUCCCAUAUAACGAAACAUUAAUUGAUGAUAUAAACCAGCAAUGUAGCUUCAAAAAUAUGAAGGCAAGGAAAGGUCUGUUGAUGCCGACCGAGGAUGGUGAAUCUGUUAUAUACAGGAAAGGAGAUGUUGGUGAUUGGAUGAAUUGGUUUACAGUAGCCCAAGAUGAAUGGUUUAAUAGCGUUUAUCAGGACAAAAUGGCCGGGUCUAAGUUAAAGUUUAAAUACACACUAUAGACAAUAGGUUGACUAAUCAGACUGAAAUAAUCAGUCAAUAAUUCAGUUAAAGUCGCGUUACGUCAUUUAUAUUUUACGCUAAGAUUUCAAAUAUGUUGAUUAUUUAACAUUUAAUUAAGGAAACAAAAUCAAAAUAUCAACGCUAGAUAAUCAGAUUUUUUUUUUUUUUUUUAAAAAAGGCCUGUCAAUAAAUUUCGCGGAUAACAAACUACCGACGGACUUAUUACAUAACGAGUAGCAUAGAUCGAUGAAAUUUUAAUUCCACUUAUCAUUGUAAAUACGUAAAUACCGAAUGGAAUUGAACCAUUUUGAGACUGUUACUCCUAUUAUAGAUUCAUCUUUCACAACAUUGUAGUUUGCAUGCGAUUCUAUGGAGCUAAGAUGAUCCAUCGGGACUUUAACAUGUAUUAUUAUGCAAAGAUCUGAAAGAAAAUCGAUAUAUUGACUCAAAUAUAUAUUUCCACAAUCUUUUGUAAAUCAAAAAAAAAUAUAUGAAUGGAUGUAUUGAUAUAAAUACCUUCUGCAUUAAUGAAAUAUUAAUACCUAUAUAGAAUCAGAUAUUUUAUUUUACAAACCUGUAUUUUUGAAUUAUUGAUCUAUAGUUUAUACACUCAAAAAAGAAAAAAAUAUCCCGGUUGUGCGUGACAAGAAGUAGGGUCGCCUGUCCAACCUCGUGGGUUUUUUCCGUGUUAGACCCACGGGUAAAGAACCCUAAGCAAAAGCUUAUUUAUUGAAAUAAAAAUGUACAUAGUUUGUUUCGAUAGAGGUUAAAUAUCUUUCUGUCUCUCUCAUUAUCCCGGUAGGUGAAGAAAAUAGGGACGUUAAGAGUCCAAUUCAUUUCUAUUUUCGCUACAUUCCUUCUUUAAAAUUUGGCUUUAAAAAUUACUAAACCAUAACCGACACAAACACAAAACGUUUUAAAAAUGAAAAAAAAAGAAAGUAAUGAACCAUAUGCGGUUAUGGGAGAAAAUCGAUAAUAUACUCUUCAAAAAAAGUAGGGUAGGGGAUAUUGAAAUGCAAAUACCUAUGCAGGUUGUGAUAUGAUAAAUAGUCAUGGACACAUGAUAUGCUUUGUAUUUUACAAACCUGUAUUCUUUAAUUAUUGACGUAAAGUUUAUAUAAUUUAUUAUCUUUACGAUAUAUUAUUUUAAAAGUUGUUUCUAUUUCGUCGACUUCUAAGUUAAAUGUCCAAUACCGCAUGUCAACGAUUUAAGGGUGUGUUGUUUUGUGUGCCACUUCGAAUAGAUAUUAAAAGUUGCAGAUAUAUAUG